AUGUACAAGCGUCGGGACUAUGUGGAACUCUACGAGAAGGACCAGGCCAAGUGGGGACUGAUACGUAAUGUCAACACUGUGAUGAAACCCACAACACUGCUGCCGGGUGACUAUGUCUGGCUGGAUCUGAAAACUGGUCGGGAGUUUGAGGUUCCGAUCGGCGCGGUGGUCAAGCUCUGUGACUCUGGUCAGAUCCAGGUGGUGGACGACGAAGGAAAUGAGCACUGGAUCUCCCCCCAGAAUGCCACUAACAUUAAACCGAUGCACCCCACCUCCAUCCACGGGGUGGAGGACAUGAUCCGGCUGGGGGACCUCAAUGAAGCUGGCAUCCUUCGGAAUCUGCUCAUCAGAUAUAGAGAAAAGCUCAUCUAUACGUACACGGGCUCCAUCCUGGUUGCUGUCAACCCUUACCAGCUGCUGCCCAUCUACACCGCUGAUCAGAUCCGCCUCUACACCAACAAGAAGAUCGGCGAAAUGCCGCCACACAUCUUUGCAAUCGCUGACAACUGUUACUUCAACAUGCAGAGGAACAACCGAGACCAGUGCUGCAUUAUCAGUGGAGAGUCUGGAGCAGGAAAAACCGAGAGCACCAAACUGAUCCUGCAGUUUCUGGCCGCCAUCAGCGGACAACACUCCUGGAUUGAACAACAGGUGCUGGAGGCCAACCCCAUUCUAGAGGCUUUUGGAAACGCUAAAACAAUCCGCAAUGACAACUCAUCCCGUUUCGGGAAAUACAUCGACAUCCACUUCAACAAAAGAGGAGCUAUAGAGGGAGCCAAGAUCGAACAAUACCUGCUGGAGAAGUCCAGGGUCUGUCGACAGGCUCAUGACGAAAGAAACUAUCACAUCUUUUACUGCAUGCUGAAAGGCAUGACUGCAGAGGAGAAGAAGAAACUGGGGCUGAGCAAAGCCACCGACUACACCUACCUGACCAUAGGUAAGUGUACAGUUUGUGACGGCCGUGAUGACAUGAAGGAAUACUCCAACAUUCGCUCUGCCAUGAAGGUGCUGAUGUUCACAGACAAGGAAAACUGGGAGAUUUCUAAGCUUUUGGCAGCCAUUUUACACAUGGGAAACCUGCAAUAUGAAGCUCGUACCUACGAUAACCUGGACGCCUGUGAGGUCGUCCGCAGCCCCCACCUCACCACUGCUGCUACACUGCUGGAGGUGGACUUCAAGGAUCUGAUGAACUGUCUGACCAGCCGAACGCUCAUCACCAGAGGAGAGACGGUCUCCACGCCGCUCAGCAUGGAGCAAGCUCUGGACGUUCGAGACGCCUUUGUCAAGGGGAUCUACGGACGUUUGUUUGUGUGGAUUGUGGAGAAGAUCAAUGCGGCCAUCUACAAGCCUUCGUCCUCACAGCCCAAAGCUGCGCGGCGCUCCAUCGGCUUGCUGGACAUCUUCGGCUUCGAGAACUUUGCUGUCAACAGUUUCGAGCAGCUGUGCAUCAACUUUGCCAACGAGAACCUGCAGCAGUUCUUCGUCCGCCACGUCUUCAAGCUGGAGCAGGAGGAGUACAACCUGGAGAACAUCAACUGGCAGCACAUCGAGUUCACCGACAACCAGGACGCCCUGGACAUGAUCGCCAUCAAACCCAUGAACAUCAUCUCUCUGAUUGAUGAGGAGAGCAAGUUUCCCAAGGGCACCGACACCACCAUGCUCAACAAGCUCAACUUCCAGCACAAACUCAACACCAACUACAUCCCACCGAAGAACAACUACGAGACUCAGUUUGGCAUCCAGCACUUCGCUGGGGUCGUCUUCUAUGAGACAAAAGGUUUCCUGGAGAAAAACAGAGACACUUUAUACGGCGACAUCAUCCAGUUGGUUCACUCCUCCAAAAACAAGUUCAUCAAGCAAAUCUUUCAGGCAGACGUUGCCAUGGGGGCAGAGACCAGGAAGCGCUCUCCCACUCUGAGCAGUCAGUUCAAAAGAUCUCUGGAGCUGCUCAUGAGGACUCUGAGCGUCUGUCAGCCUUUCUUUGUCCGAUGCAUCAAACCCAAUGAGUACAAGAAACCCAUGCUGUUUGACAGGGAGCUGUGUGUGCGUCAGCUGAGGUAUUCUGGGAUGAUGGAGACCAUUCGCAUCCGUCGUGCUGGAUACCCCAUCCGCUACACCUUUGUGGAGUUUGUCGACCGAUACCGAGUGCUCAUGCCUGGAGUCAAACCUGCGUACAAACAGGAGGACCUGAGGGGAACCUGUCAGAAGAUCGCAGAGGCCGUCCUCGGCAGAGACGACGACUGGCAGAUGGGAAAAACCAAAAUCUUCCUCAAGGAUCAUCAUGACAUGCUGCUGGAGAUCGAGAGGGACAAGGCCAUCACGGAUAAGGUCAUCCUCAUCCAGAAGGUGGUGCGGGGCUUUAAAGACAGAUCGAAUUUCCUGAAGAUGAGAAAGUCGGCCGUGUUCAUCCAGAAGACGUGGAGAGGCUACCACUGCAGGAAGAACUACGGCGCUAUGCGAGCGGGCUUCUCUCGCCUGCAGGCUCUGGUUCGCUCCAGGAAGUUGUGCGCGUCGUAUCAUGUGGCCCGUCAGCGGAUCACAGUCUUCCAGGGUCGUUGCCGUGGUUACCUGGUACGCCGGGCGUUCAGGCACCGGCUGUGGGCCGUCAUCACCAUCCAGGCGUACACCCGAGGGAUGAUCGCGCGGCGGCUGUUCAGGAGGCUGAAGGGCGAGUACCGCAGGAGGCUGGAGGCUGAGAAGAUGCGUCUGGCGGAGGAGACCAAACUGAAGAACCAGAUGUCAGCGAAGAGAGCGAAGGCCGAGGCUGAACGCAAACACCAGGAGCGACUAGCCCAGUUGGCCAAGGAGGAUGCUGAGCGAGAGAAGAAGGAGAAGGAGGAGGCUCGGAGGAAGAAGGAGAUGGUGGAGCAGAUGGAGAAGGCCCGGAAGGAGCCCGUCAACGACUCCGACAUGGUGGACAAGAUGUUCGGGUUCCUGGGAACGACCAGCUCUCUGCCGGGUCAGGAAGGACAGGCGCCUGCCGGCUUUGAGGACCUGGAGCGCACGCAUCAUGAACUGGUAGAGGAGGAUCUGGACGAGGCCCUUCCUCUUCCUGAUGAUGAUGAAGAGGAGGAUUUAUCAGAGUACAAGUUUGCCAAGUACGCAGCGACCUACUUCCAAGGCACCAGCACGCACACCUAUGUCAGAAGACCUCUGAAGCAGCCGCUGCUGUUCCACGAUGACGAAGGAGACCAGCUGGCCGCUCUUGCAGUCUGGAUCACAGUUCUGAGGUUCAUGGGGGAUCUGCCAGAGCCCAAGUACCACACAGCCAUCAGUGACGGAAGUGAAAAGAUCCCAGUCAUGACCAAGAUCUAUGAGACGCUGGGAAAGAAGACCUACAAGAGAGAGCUGCAGGCGCUGCAGGCGGACGGGGAGACGCCUCUCUCCGACAGUCACAAGAAAAACAGCGUUCGGCACAAACUGGUGUCCCUCACCCUGAAGAAGAAAUCCAAGAUCACAGAGGAGGUCACCAAGCGUCUCAACGACGGGGAAUAUGGUCUCCAUGGCAACAGUAUGCUGGAGGACCGGCCAACGUCCAACCUGGAGAAACUUCACUUCAUAAUCGGCAACGGAAUCCUGAGACCCGGACUGAGGGAUGAGAUCUACUGUCAGAUCUGUAAGCAGCUCACUCAGAACCCGUCUAAAAGCUCUCACGCUCGCGGCUGGAUCCUCAUCUCGCUGUGCGUCGGCUGUUUCGCCCCAUCCGACAAAUUCGUCAAGUAUUUGAGGAACUUCAUCAGCAACGGGCCGCCGGGAUACGCUCCGUACUGUGAAGAGAGGCUGAGACGGACUUUUGUCAACGGCACAAGAACUCAGCCUCCGUCCUGGCUGGAGCUGCAGGCCACCAAGUCGAAGAAGCCCGUCAUGCUGCCGGUGACGUUUAUGGACGGCACCACCAAAACACUCCUGACCGACUCUGCCACCACAGCGAAAGAGCUCUGCAACGCCCUGUCCGACAAGGUCAACCUACGAGACCGUUUUGGCUUUUCCCUCUACAUCGCUCUGUUUGACAAAGUGUCCUCCUUAGGCAGCGGGAACGACCACGUGAUGGACGCUGUGUCCCAAUGUGAGCAGUACGCAAAGGAGCAGGGCGCUCAGGAGAGGAACGCCCCCUGGAGGCUGUUCUUCAGGAAGGAGAUCUUCACGCCCUGGCACGAUCCAACCGAGGACCAAGUCGCCACCAACCUCAUCUACCAGCAAAUCGUCAGAGGCGUCAAGUUUGGAGAAUACCGCUGUGACAGGGAUGACCUGGCAGAGCUGGCCUCGCAGCAGUACUACGUGGACUAUGGGUCAGAGAUCCUUCUGGAGCGCCUGCUGAGCCUCAUCCCGUCCUACAUCCCCGACAGAGAGGUCAGCUCCUCCAAGACUGUGGAGAAAUGGGCUCAUUUCAUCAUGGCUGCUCACAAAAAGGGCAUCUACACCCAGAAGAGGUUCGACUCCCAGAAGGUGAAGGAGGAAGUUGUGGAUUUUGCUCGCCACAAAUGGCCUCUUCUGUUUUCUCGGUUUUACGAAGCCUUUAAGUUCUCAGGUCCUAAUCUGCCCAAAGACGACCUGAUAGUGGCUGUUAACUGGACCGGGGUUUACUUCGUUGAUGAGCAGGAGCAGGUCCUCCUGGAACUCUCCUUCCCAGAAAUCACUGCAGUUUCCAGCAGCAGGGGAGGAAAGAUGCAGAGUCAGAGUUUCACACUGGCAACCAUUAAAGGAGAGGAGUACACCUUCACCUCCAGCAACGCAGAGGACAUCCGGGACCUGGUGGUGACCUUCCUGGAGGGCCUGAGGAGGAGGUCAAAGUUUGUGGUGGCGCUGCAGGACAACCCCAACCCUGCAGGGGAAGAGUCAACGUUCCUGGGCUUCCAGAAGGGAGACCUGAUCAUUCUGGACCAGGACACUGGCGAGCAGGUCCUCAACUCCGGCUGGGCACACGGGAUUAAUGAACGGACCAAUCAGAGAGGAGAUUUCCCGGUUGACUGCAUUUAUGUCCUGCCAGCCAUGACCCGACCUCAGCAAGACAUCGUGGCGCUGAUUACCAUGACACCGGACCAGCGGCAGGAGAGUGUUCGGUCCUCGCAGAUCAUCCUGCCGGAGACAGAAGGCAGACUGAAACCUUACACGCUGGAGGAGUUCUCCUACGACUACUUCAGGCCUCCUCCUAAGCACACUCUGAGCAGAGUCAUGGUCACUAAGAAUCGCGGGAAAGAUAAGUUGUGGAGCUGCACGAGGGAGCCGCUCAAGCAGCCGCUACUGAAGAAGGUGGUCAACCAUGAGGACCUGGCUCAGGAAGCCUGCAUGGCUUUCAUCGCUAUGAUGAAGUACAUGGGCGACUACCCCUCCAAGAGGACCCGGUCCGUCAACGAGCUGACAGACCAGAUCUUUGAAGGGGCGCUGAAGGCCGAGCCGCUGAAAGACGAGAUCUACUGUCAGAUCCUCAAGCAGCUCACGGACAACCAUGUCAAGUACAGCGAGGAGAAAGGCUGGGAGCUGCUGUGGCUGUGCACCGGCCUGUUCCCCCCCAGCAACGUGCUGCUCCCGCACAUCCAGCGCUUCCUCCAGUCCAAGAAGCACCACCCGCUGUCGACAGACUGCAUGCAGAGAGUCCACAAAGCUCUGCGAAAUGGAUCCAGAAAGUAUCCGCCUCAUUUGGUGGAAGUGGAAGCCAUCCAGCACAAAACAACCCAAAUCUUCCACAAGGUCUACUUCCCCGAUGACACGGAUGAGGCGUUUGAGGUGGAGUCCAGCACCAAAGCGAAGGAUUUCUGCCAGAAUAUCUCCACCAGACUGCUGCUGAAAUCCGCCGAGGGCUUUAGCCUCUUCGUAAAGAUCUCAGACAAGGUGAUCAGUGUCCCGGAGGGAGAUUUUUUCUUCGACUUUGUCAGACAUUUGACCGACUGGAUCAAGAAAUCCCGUCCAGCUAAAGACGGAAUCGUCCCCUCUCUGACCUAUCAGGUGUUCUUCAUGAAGAAGUUGUGGACCAGCACAGUUCCAGGGAAGGACUCCUUUGCAGACUCCAUUUUCCAUUACUACCAGGAGCUUCCAAAAUACCUGCGGGGCUACCACAAAUGUUCCAGAGAAGAAGUGUUCCAGUUAGGAGCGCUCAUCUACCGUGUCAAGUUUGAAGAGGACAAGUCCCACUUUCCUACAAUACCCAAGAUGCUUCGGGAGCUGGUGCCUCAGGACCUCAUCCGCCAGAUGUCACCAGAUGACUGGAAACGGUCCAUAGUGGCGUACUUCAACAAGCAGGCGGGAAAAUCACGAGAAGAAGCCAAACUGAUGUUCCUCAAGAUCAUCUACAAGUGGCCGACUUUUGGCUCCGCCUUUUUUGAAGUCAAGCAAACUACUGAACCCAACUACCCAGAAAUCCUGCUGAUCGCCAUCAACAAGCAUGGAGUCAGUCUUAUCGACCCAAAGACAAAGGACAUCCUGACCACUCACCCCUUCACCAAGAUCUCCAACUGGAGCAGCGGGAACACCUACUUCCACAUCACCAUCGGCAACCUGGUGAGAGGCAGCAAGCUGCUGUGCGAGACGUCCCUGGGCUACAAGAUGGACGACCUGCUGACCUCUUACAUCAGCCAGAUGCUGACCACCAUGAACAAGCAGCGCUCGGGGCGGGGCCACAGCAAGUGAACGUCUUACUGGCAGGAGGCCACCGAGCUCAUCCGCUUGCUGCGCCCCAUUGGUCAGCACUGCAGCUGGGGGUGGACCUUCGCCCAUCAGCUGUGGUGGAUGAGCCGCUGUCCUUCUGCGAGUUCAGGCGGGUCGGAGCUCACCGCUGAGAGCUCAGCGGCGAGCAGCAGCAGCAGCAGCGACCCCGGCGAAGGCCCCAGUAACUAUUACCACUACAGUUUCAAUGAAAACGACUCGUCCAGUGAGGAUGACUACCUCUGACAACACAAACUCUCCGUCCGGUUCGUUCGGGUUUGGUUUACGGUCUGACUUGAUACGUUUUUUUUUUAUUUUUUUCUCUAUCAGAAUUCAAACUAUUGCUGGUCCAUCAACUGACAAGAUGGCGCCUGACAUCAUACCCUAACCCAAAAGUAUUUCACAAAAACUUUGAUUAAAGCUUAAGACAGGAAAACCUCUGCCAACAGCUAAAGUAAAGCGAUAUGGGAGGACUUCCGGUACUGACUGGUCAUUUCUGCAGCCGGGUCCUCUGGGCCGCAUCACCAAAAAUCUGUUUCGUCCUCUUCUGUUUUCUAAGUUCUAAGAGUGACGUUUGGUGAAAAUAAGAGAACUAAACUCCAUAAAGCUGACAACAUCAAAGAGUUGACCUUUUGGAAUGAAAAGAUUUUUAAAGCCCUUUGAUGAAAUCCACAUUAAGCAAUUUUGUUUUUAUGAGAUAUAAAUAGUAAAUUAUGAUAUUUUGGGUGAGCGUUUGCUUGUUAGUUAAUAUUGAUAUGAGACUUAAAAAAACAAAAAAACAACGCCUUAUUUACCUAAUGUCUCAAAUUUGAUCCACAUAUUUUUAACUUGGUGUAUUUAUUUUAAACAGAUUUAAUUAUCAAUAAAUGUUGCAUUCUCUAAAUACAGCAAUUAGUCAUUUAAAAAUAAAAGAAUAACAAUGGAUGACUUAUUUCCACCAUAAAGUGGAGAAAUUUUGUUAAACUUUUUCCUGCCAGAUUGUUGAAGUUUAAAUAUUUUAAAUAAGUAUCUACAAGGUCUUUUACCAAUGGACUAAAGUCUAUUGAAUACAAUUUAGAUGAAGAUUUCAUUAUUUGCCUUACAUUGUUAUUACAUAUAAUGAAUAGAAAAACUGUAGUGAGAUGUUUUUUUAAUCACUGCAAUUAGAUGUACAAACUAUUAAUAUUUACAUUUCUGGAUAUUUAUUUUUUAUCUUUAUGGUUUUCAAUAUUAACAAAAUUUAAAUGUACAGAAAAAAGUGAACAUAGAAACUGCUAACUCAUUAUUUGAUCAUUUUCUACAGAAAAGUUGAUGGAGAUUGUGAAAGCUUGUCUUUGUGAAGCUCUUACUUCAGCUCAACUUCCUCCAGAACAAGUUCUAUCUUGGUUGUUUGAUGUUCUCACAGGAAACAAAAACCAACGAGUUUCUGUUCCUCUUCAUACCUGCUCUGUGUCAAAUCUUUUCAUUCUUCAGGGACAUUUUUCAGAAUAAAAAUGUUCCUAACCUCAAACAAAUUAACGACAAAUAUAUGAACUAAUUUAUGUAGAAAGUCUUUAGUUUGUAAAGCUGCAGAGUUUUUGUCUUACCCGGAAGUUUGAUUAUUUCAUGCAUUUCUUGUCGUUUGUGUCAUUUCAAUGUCUUUGUAUUUAUAGCAGAUACUAUUUAGCUGUGACAUGCAACUCACCUGAAACUUUUUGAUGCUUCUGAGAGCACAGAAAUUUUGUUUACUCUUGUCUUUGGAUGUAGGUCAGAAAAACAAAACAUCUCACAUGUUCAUGCAGGUAAUAAAUGAUAAAUGAUUUUUCUAAAAUUGUAUCAAUGAUUUUUUUUGUUAAGUCUUUAAUUGUUUGCCUGAAUGCCUUAAAGUUUUGGUUUUAGAUUUAAAAAAAAGUUUCAUUCAAAGCUGCAAACAUAUUUUUAAGUUAACCACAUGUCAGCUUCAGCGUAAAAGUUAUUUGAAUUUUAAGGAGGUGUAGUAAAAACAAACAAAAAAAACGUGUGAGAUGAUGAAUAAUUAAGGGAAUGUUCCUGUUUACUGAUUUUCACUCACAGAUUGAUGCGUUCAACUUUUUCCAGAUUUCUAACAAAUGAAUUCUUGCUGUUAAAUAAGGUUUUGCCACAAAGACUCGUUUUGUUUUGCUGAACCCUUAGCAAGAAGUAGUAGAUUUAAGAUUAUUUUACUAAAUACAUUUGAAUAUAGCAAGUAGACCCUAGAGCAUGUAGUGUAGGAAAUAUACGGAUGAAAUACUUCUUAAGAUUCAUUUCGAACAUUUUAAGUUUAUAGAUCAUUUAUUAACAGUAUUUGUACUUGUUUUUAGUAUAGAGUAAGUAUACUUGUAGUAAACUUGGACUACUUUUUGCUAAGGGAAGGUCAUUUUGUAAACCCAUCAUUCUUAAAGCUUCUGUUUUGUACGAUGAGAAAUCCUCAGAUCCAAACUGUGCCAAUCCAAUCCAUUUGUUACAGCAGGUUUUGUGAACUAGUACAGCCUCUUUGUGUGUUGUUGCUGCUGUCACUCGCCCCUAUUUGUCACCAUACAUAGUUCAAUGUGACACACACGUUUACAAGAGUGUCUUUGCACCGUUUGUGAUGUGUAUCCGUUUUGACUGAUGCUUGUGCUUAAUAAAUAUGCUGUGUCACACCAUG